AUGGAGAUACCGGCGAGUCUGCUCAUGUCGACUGGGACGUACGCGUAUGUGGCCGUGAAGGCCUCGCUUCAUGCCUCCGACAGUGCCGUUUUCGGCCUCAACGAGGACGAGGUUGUUGCGUUGGUGAAGCGCUUCGAGAGUUACAAGAAGGAGGUGAUUAAUGGGAUUCUGCUGAAAGCGACGCCGAUGCAAGUGAUCAAUGCCUUGGGGCAGCUGGGGUACAGGGUGGUAGGGACCACUGGCGAAGCCGAAAUUGUCUGGACUUUGCAACGUGAUAUUUAAUUACAACUGGUGUGUGUGUGAGACUUUUAUUGUGUAAGAGAGACUUGCUUAUGUACAUUAACAGACGGUGGUUUACUUAAUUAAACUAGAU